AUGUCCACUACCUUGUAUGGCUGGGGAUCUUGCGUUGAGGGUCAAUUAGGCCCAAUUUCAUCGGACGACUCUGUUACACAGGUCUUUCAACCUUCUGUCGUUGACUGGCCUCCUACUGGGGUUGGUAAGAAGGUGAUUAAAAUGGCCUGCGGUUAUCAGCACACAUUGGCGCUGGAUGCAGACGGUCUCGUCUAUAGUUGUGGCUCCAACGAAUUUGGCCAGUUGGGCCACCUCAAAAGCCCUGGAAAAUUCUGCAGGGUUUCAGGCAUCCAAGAGCAGGCUAGAGAUAUUGCCGCGGGAGCCUAUCACAGUGCAGCCAUUACGACGUCGGGCCGUGUCUACAUGUGGGGCUGCAACACGAAUCAUCAGUUGGGUCGCGACAAUGUCGACGAAACUGGCGUUUUGUUGCUCGAUUUCAACCACGGGCCAAUCGUUCAGAUAAGUCUUGGCCUUGAGCACACAAUUGCGCUGACAGAAUCAUCGGAGAUAUUCGCGUGGGGUUCAAACUCUCAUGGUCAACUGGGCCUAGGUUAUUGUUCGCAAAAACCGAUGGCUACACCUCAAAUCAUAGAAUGUCUAUCCGGUCUGCCUGUGCGUCAGCUGGCUGCCGGAGCUAACCACAACAUUAUCGUCACCCCUAGUGGGUCCGUCUACACUUGGGGCUCUAACUCGCGAGGUCAGUUGGGCCUGGGAGUGAAGGCGACGGGGACACACGAAAAGUGUGGGGAGAAUUCUUCUUAUUGUCAAACGGACGAGCCAACUCCCCAACUAAUGAAGAGCAUGAAGCGGCAGGGUGUGACAUUUGCUGCCUGUGGCGAGGACCAUUCUGCUCUUUUGACGAAAGAUGGGGGCGUCUUUACAUUUGGUGGGGGAAGAUUUGGUCAGCUGGGUAAUGGCGGGUCGACCUUAAGUGUAGCUCAGCCGCAGCGCGUCAUGGAGUUGAUGGGCGAGACGUGUUUGCAGUUGUGGUGUGGCCGACGUCACACGGUGGUCCUCGUAGCCAACGCCAACUCCCGCCCUCGAAUCCUUGCUUUUGGUUCUGGAGUUGACGGCCAAUUGGGACUGUCUAAUCGUGACAGGGCCCUCAUACCGCUCACUGUCAAAGGUCCUUGGUCCUCUCAAGAGUCUUCGUCGUCGCCGGCAGAAGCCCCCCUUGUUAUUUGUGUGUUCGCCGGCGGAGACCACUGUUUUGCCAUCACGCACUCGUCUGGGGUGAGUAUUCUUCCAGGCAUAAAUUACAUCACCGAAAUGGUUGCUUCAGCUGACGGCGUUACCAUGGCGCCAUCUUUUCCCACAAUCGCCGAGGUUGCCAACUCGGAGCUGGAAGCCCAACCUUACCGCCCCCCUCAUCCUCCCCAUCACAUCAUCAUCAUCAUCAUCCACGUUUUGGCUUUCAACAACUGGCAUAAGCCUCAACACCUCCCAAGCGGCGAAUUUUGUUGUCGCUUCUGGUACCCCCUACCUCGGUGCGGUCUUGCAUGCCCUCCUCCACUGGAUUUCCGAAGAUGGCUCUCUUGCAACCUGGGAAGCAUUUGUACCUUCUCGGAACCUCUCCUGAGGCGUUACGAAGCCGGCUUAUCCCCUCAUCCUCGUCUGCCUUGUCGUCGACGCAGCAGAAAGUUUUCGUCCGCCGACUAUUCCGGCGAUAUAAGUGAAGCCACCUAUUGUCUCGAGGCCUAUUCUCCGCAAACAGCCUUUAGACGACUUGAAUCUGCUUUCGGCUCAAUCGGCUGCCUUGCCUCAAGCCUGCUGGUCGACUGCGAAGGUCGAAGUCAUUAUUACAUCAGUCGUGCAGACCACGGCAUGGACUUGGAUGCGGCCCACGAGCUCCAGGAGGAGCUCUUCCUUCUCACGCCACCCGACGAGGCCAGACGUCUGAUCCGCUCUCUCAUAGAGGUUAUUUCACCGCCGCGUCACAACUUCCCUGAUCUAGAGUGUCUGCGGGCCUUUGUUUUUCUGUCUGUUUCUCCUCUUCUCGAGACGCCGAGCACCGAUGGGCCAGAGAAGAUGGAUGCCUCAUCGACAUCGGUGAUCUUCGAGAAUGAGGAACCAGUUGACUGGUACCCCACCGUUCUAGCUGGUUUUGCACCCGGAUUCGUCCUUGGUUUCUUUUGCCUGGCGAUAAACCGGCUCGAUGCGGUGCCAUCUUCUGUCAUAGAAACCUUCGAUGUGACCAAGUUUGUUGAUUGGCUUCACCAGCGCUACUCUCGCGAAAAAACCAUCAAUUCCUACACCGGCCAGUCAGUUCCUCCUCGGAGAUUUCGGUUCUGGCGUUCGAAGUCUGUACCCCCCAAGCCACAACAAAACCAGGACUUCUCUAUCUUCGAUUACCCCUUCAUUUUCGAUAUGGUUUGCAAAGCGCAAAUGCUGGCAAUCGAAGCGAAGCUCAGUCAACACCUGGCGAUGCAGAAGGCGUCGAACGACAUCCUUGGUCCGCAGCUGACUCGCCUUUUCGGGGGAAUCGUUCAGCCUUACCUAUUUAUUGAAGUCUCCCGAUGUAAUCUCAUUGCCGACACAUUGGACCACCUCGCGAACUACUCUCCCGCCGAGUUGAAACGCCCACUUAAGGCAGGUCAACAAUCCAGUCUUUUCUGCGUCGACGGUAUUGUGACAACCUUGCUCUGCAGAUGUCUCCCCUUAUUUGUUAUCCUCUGCAUUAAGAUGAUUCUGAUGGCGAAAAGACACGCAGUGGCAGACACAACCGCUUAUUCACCUGCCCGGUAUGUGUCUGCAAUUGCGUGCUUCGAAGGGGUGAUUGAACAAGCAUUGAGGCUCGCUGAGGCCCAGGGGAAUGCGCCUGCUGUCGAAUGGUCGUCAAACGGGUCUUCGCUGCUGGUUUUGGAAGCAACUGAAGCCCGAAUGCAAGAAGUACGAGAGGGCAAGGCACUCCUACGUGGCAGCACAAAUCAGAAUGCUGCCAUUCGGUUCAGAGGUGAAGAAGCCAUUGAUGAUGGUGGAGUUGUGAAAGAAUUCUUCAUGCUGAUCAUGCGUGAGAUUUUGAAUCCAGCGUACGGUAUGUUCAAAGAAUAUCCUGAGUCACGGAUGUUAUGGUUCAACGAAAUUAACAUGGAAACCCCUGAAAUGUUCACCAUGGUGGGUGCACUAUGCGGACUGGCCAUCUACAAUUCUAUCAUCGUGGAUCUCACUUUCCCAACAGCUUUGUUUAAAAAGUUGUUGGAUGAGGAGCCUACAUUAGAUGACCUCAAGGAAUUAGACCCGGUGGUGGCUAAUUCAUUACAGCAAUUGCUGGAUUACGAAGAACCUGAUUUGGAAGAUACCUUCGCCCUCACAUUUGAGGUUAUUGUGGAUAAUUACGGUGCUGUAAAACACGUUCCCCUUAUUCCCUCCGGUGGCGACGUGGCGGUGACUCAGGAAAACAAGCACAAAUUCGUAGAGAAGUACGUUGACUACAAGUUCAACAGGAGUUGUAGCUCCGUUUUUGAAGCUUUCAAACGUGGUUUCUUUAACGUCUGCUCAGGAUACGUGAUAAAGAUGUUCCAGCCCAGUGAGCUGCACGUGAGUCCCUUUUGCGUGCCUGUCUUUGUUGAAUCCGCUAGUGUUGUUAUGUUGUCCGAACUGCGACAGUGUGCAUUGUGCUCAUCACCUGACGAAACAGUUGACUAUGAGAGCAUGGUGGUUGGUUCGGAGGAAAUCAACUGGCAGGAUCUGCGAAAGAACACGACCUACCAAGGCGAGUACUGGGACCAACAUCCGGUUAUUCAAUGGUUUUGGGAGGUGCUGCUGGACCAGUGCAACUUAAAAGAAAAGAAAAACUUCCUGCGGUUUCUGACCGGCUGCGAUCGCGUGCCCAUGGUGGGCCUCUCCGGCAUCAAGAUUACAAUCCAACCGAAUAACAGCGGGGACGCCUUUCUACCAGUAGCACACACCUGUCACAACAUCCUCGAUUUGCCCAAAUAUAGCAGUAAGGAGAUCUUAAAGGAGAAAUUUAUGCAGGCGAUUGAGAACACGGAAGGCUUCGGACUCGUUUAA